GGCUCGCGGGCGGCGAGGGGGCGCCCCGAGCACCCCGCCCCCUGCUCGGGGACUUGCGCUCAAGUCGCCGGGCGUCCGAGCUCCCUCCCCAGCCGCAGCCUCGGCUGGGGGCAGCGAGAGCGGGCGAGGAGCGGCCGGCGCGCGCCCGCCCAGGGGACUUGGGGUUCGCAGAGGGGUUGUUUUCGGCUCUGACGAGGUCCCCGCCCAACCUUCAAAAUUUUGUCCAAAAGCAGACAAGAGGAUCGCCCCGCGCUGAGCCGGCUGGUGGGCAGCAGGAGGCGCCUGGUCGCCGCCGGGGCGCUGGGGGUGGUGAUGGUACUUCUGCUGGUCAUCCUCAUCCCGGUGCUGGUGAGCUCGGCCGGCACGUCGGCGCACUACGAGAUGCUGGGCACCUGCCGCAUGGUCUGCGACCCGUACGGGGGCACCAAGGCGCCCAGCACGGCCGCCACGCCCGACCGCGGCCUCAUGCAGUCCCUGCCCACCUUCAUCCAGGGCCCCAAAGGCGAGGCAGGCCGGCCCGGGAAGGCGGGCCCGCGGGGGCCCCCCGGUGAGCCCGGGCCGCCGGGCCCCGCGGGCCCCCCGGGCGAGAAGGGCGAGCCCGGCCGCCAAGGCCUGCCGGGCCCUCCCGGGGCGCCCGGCCUGAACGCGGCCGGGGCCAUCAGCGCCGCCACCUACAGCACGGUGCCCAAGAUCGCCUUCUACGCCGGCCUCAAGCGGCAGCACGAAGGCUACGAGGUGCUCAAGUUCGACGACGUGGUCACCAACCUCGGUAACCACUACGAUCCCACCACGGGCAAGUUCACCUGCUCCAUCCCGGGCAUCUACUUCUUCACCUACCACGUCCUGAUGCGCGGAGGGGAUGGCACCAGCAUGUGGGCCGAUCUCUGCAAAAACAACCAGGUGCGUGCUAGCGCGAUCGCCCAAGACGCUGAUCAGAAUUACGACUAUGCGAGCAAUAGUGUGGUUCUUCAUUUGGAGCCAGGAGACGAAGUCUACAUCAAAUUAGAUGGUGGGAAAGCCCACGGAGGAAACAACAACAAAUACAGCACAUUUUCUGGAUUUAUUAUCUAUGCUGACUGAUCAUGCAAAAACUAAGCUUAUUACUCUGAGUUUGGACACUGGAUUCGUAUGGCUAACGUCAGUGAAUCGAGGACCCCAGGGGAUGCCAGACGCAGGGCACCUCAGCUGUGUGUAUGUGGGGGAAUUCAAAUGCUACCUGACUCACAUCUGUAUACUCAGAAACAUUAUGUAAAAAAAAAAAAAUAUUAAAAGCAAGAUAAGCAGAUGUUGAUCCACUACCGCCAAAGCAAAUACUCCUUAAUUGUUAGUGUCUGUGUGAAUGAAGUCCUGUAUAGAUCACAAAUUUUUAUAGAAAAAUCUAAGACACUGAAUUAUUUCUUCAAUAUAUAUGAUCCUUUGGUGUACUGUGAUCUCGCUGCUUUUAUCCAUACGUCAGCUUUGGUUCUUGUGAGUUUACCUGCUUAUUAGGCUACUCGGGGUCCAUUCAUAGUGUGGGGAAGAAUGAUUUUUACCCUGCAGGAGGAGGUCUCAUUGACAUAAUCCUGCUUGUCCCCAAAGAAAUUGUUUGCCUUGUACUCCUGUUAACUUUAGAGCUAGACCUGGGAAUGAUUCAACUUUAAGCCUUAACCUGGAAUUUUCUGGAUUUGAGGGAAUUCCCAAGCCUAUGAUCAUGUUUCACAUUCUUUUUCUUAGGAAUCUUCUUUCCUCUCUUUUCGGGUGAUAAGUCUUUAAAAGUAGAGAUUGAACUUGUAUCAUAGGAUUACUCUCUAAGUGUGUAAAUGUGUAAUUACGUAUGGUAUUUAGAGAAUCCCCCUGUGUCCAGUUUGUCAAUUGAAUGCAUUUAGGUUUACUUGGAAAGUCAGAGAAAUUUAUUCUUUGGUGUUAAAUCAGACUGAGGCUUUUGCCUUCUUUGGAACAAAAGAUUAUUCAUAAGCCAAUGCAUAUAGGUUUAAUUUGCACUGGUGCAUGCGUCACCAAGGGGACACUAAGUAAGGCCUUCAAAUAGUUACUACAAGUCUUGGCCUGAGGUUAUUUCAAAAUGAACGAUUUCACAUAUAACCAAUACGACAAGAAAGUGUAUAUAUUUUAUACAAAUACCUGCUACAUAUAUAUAUGUAUGUGUACAUAUAUAUAUGUUAGAUGAAAUAUAUAUAUGGCUUCAGACCGUAGGCACAAUGGCUGUAUAGCCCCAAAAAUUUAAUUUAAAGAAAUGUACGUGUAGGCACACACAAUCGUGCAUAAGUUAUUUGACUUAUUUUGGAUUGAAAUAUAUUUUGGAAGACAGAAAUAUAUGGAGUAGCAAAAUAAUUUAGACGACUUCUAAGAGUUAUCCAGAAAAUUAAAUUUUAUUAGGUUAAAAUGCCCCAGAAAUCUUGUGUCUGUAAAUUAGGUCUGUGGCUUCUUUGUUACCAUAUGCCAAUCAAUACUUUCACUGCAUUCUGUGGCCAACUGUUACUGUUAGGACUGCAGAGACGAAGUAGCUGUCCUUUGCAGUGUUUAUGAAUUAUAUGCAUUUGAAUGAGCAAUUUUUUUCUUUUUUCUCAGGUGGACUGAAGCUGACAGUAAAGUAGAUUUUGAGAGUAGUGCAAAUCCUUCCUCUCUGGUUAAAGUACACUGCCAAAAGCCAUCUCUUUAGUCUAAGAAAAAGAUUUAAAAUGCAUGUUGAUACAUCCUAACUAUCAGACAACUUCCACUAUUACAAUGAAAAAUCUGUUCCACUCUCAGGUGCCUUUGAAGACUCUUUGAGAAGUAGAUUUCAAAAACAGAGAUUGAAAAAUCUGCCUGUUUUACUGGCGAAGGACAUUUGCAUUUUUUCAUUUAAAGGAAUUAGUUUGUUCUGUUUAGCUCAUUCCUCUUGGAUACUUUCUGUUCUAAUACACAGAAAGCUUGAUCAUCAUUGAUCCACAGAAAUAUCUUUUAUUUAGCCAACCUCAACUUUCCAAGAGUUAUGCCUGGUGUUCCCAUCUGAAUGUGCUGUUUGCUUGGUUUAAAUGCCUUGGUCUGAGUAACUCUCAUGAUUUAUAUGAUUAAAAACAUGUAAGCCCAUUGAUCAAGAACAAUGACUAAUUCUAUUUGGCCUUUCUAAUAUGUAAGAUAACUCAUAAAGG